AUGGUCGACGACCGGUCUGCAGCCCACCUCACAGCUCCACAAAGCACAGACCGCUCCAUCUCAGUCUUGCAUUCUUCCCUCUCCGCAAACACCAAAACACACCCAUCUGUGCACCAGAAGGAGGAAGAGAGACAGGGAGGCCACGCUUGCUUGGAGAAGAGCUUGAAAGAAGAGAUGAGAACCAGAGGAAGACCACCACCACACAUCAUGGCUUGCCCCACAGGAAAAGCGUGCGCGGAGUCCCUUCUCGACAUGGACAAGUGCACCUCCUCCACCAAGAGCCGCUACUUCGUGGGCAUCUCGCCCGCGGUCGUGUUCGUCGCGUCCCUGUCGGUCCUGGCCUUCCUCGCCGUCAGCUUGGCGGCCUGCGUCGUCGCCGCCACCCACGUCACGUUCUUCUUCGCCCUGCCGCUCGCCUCGGCGGCCGGGGGCGCGUUCCUCGUCGCCGCCCCGGAGAUGACGCCGUUCGGCGCCGACCCGGCCGCCCUGCUCCUCCUCAGAGCAGGGGGCGCGCUGGCGAUCGCCUACGCGGGGAGCGCGAUGCUCGUGGGGAAGUGCUGCCCUGCCAAGGUUCGGUCCGCCCACCUGGCGCUGGUGGCGGCGGCGCUCGGGACGAUGGCCGCCGCGCUCGUCGCGGACGAGUCCAGCGCGCUCGCCGGUGACGUCGGAGACAAGGCCGCCGGUGCGCUCGGGCGGGCGGCGGCGGCGGCGGCCGCGGGGGCAUUGAUGUCGGCCGCCGGCCCCGCCUUCUCCAGGAGGAUUCAGAGCGGGAAGCCAGCAGAGCCGGCGGUGCUGAGCUGCUAGACUGCUGCAUCUUGGUCUCUCUCUACCCUUCUCUGCCUAGCCAUGUGUAUUUUUCGGCGGAGGGAGGACGUGGGUAGGGGAGGGCGGGUUGAUUGGUGGUAUCCUUCGGUAAGAAGUUGGGUCGCAGCCCAUGGGGGGUGAAGGGUUCGAGUUUCGACGGACCAGGCAAAGAGUCGUCUUGAGUGGCCUUCGCGUUUGGUCGAGAUUCGACAGGUGGGGAGUGUUUGCUUGGCUUGGCGUACGUGCGGAGGCAGUAUGCGCCGUACCAAGGCGAGCCUGAUCAAAUCACAGUAGUUGCACUUGGCGUGAGGGCCUGUUUUGGCUUCUCGGCUGUUUGUUGGUAGCGGCCCGCCCUGUGUUCUCGUUGCCCAUGGUGCUGCACCGCGCACUUAUUUUAAAGUUGUAACGGUCGUAAUCGAGAAUUGCACACGCCGGUGUGUCCACUGUCUGUUCUUGGUGUUUCAAGAGUCGCUCGGGAAGAAUAUUCCCCACAUCGUCGAUGUCGGGCCUGUCUUUCAAACGCGCCCUCGAAUUUUGUCUUGAUAUUGAUUUAAGCUCUGAAGUUCUCUUGGUACGGUUAACUCGUCGUGCGUGUGCCGUUCCAUGAGUUGUGAGAAUCUUGAGCGUCGCAGUCAUUGUGGUUGGGGGGCGGCGGGCGCACUGAUUUUCGUCGGCGAUUGGCUUGAGGGUUGGGUGGCACCUGUCUCUGUUGGAUAGGGUCUGUUGUGUGUUUUUGGUGUUUGCUGCUACUGCUGUAUUUUUGGGUUUUGGCAACGUUGUUCCCGCUGUCGCCAUGUGCCAUGUAUCUCAGCGCGCCACCCUUGAUCGGUGGUUCGAUCUCUAGCUGAAAAUUGUCUCUCCACUGCUUUUGAACGGUGUGUCCCAAAGCAUGUGGCGAAAGGUGGUGUAGACUAUGCCCGAUUCGAACCAAAAACCGCUUCGGGUUUGGGGGGUCAAUUUCCUUAACGCUGAUUGGCCUGUUGGGGAUGCUGGUUGUGGCACUCUUUGAAGGUUUCUGAACUUGAAAACAACGAUCAUUGUGUUUU